CCGGGAAGGCGAAUCGUCCCUUCACGGACUCCGUAGUGGACAGGAGAUGAGAAUGAGAGCAGGGCAAUAAUAGUCAUAAUAAUAUUAAUGCUAAUUACAAUAAUAAUGUGUUAUUGGAGCUUUAUUAACCGCUUCGCAAAGACAUUUAUAUUUGACGUGAAAUGACAAUGUAACUACCCGCGUUUGUUUUUGACAGUAUCCAGUUUUACUCGCUGCUAACGACCGGACGAGCCGUUAGCCAACUCACUAGCUUCUAGCUAAGUGACUGCUAAUGACCGGACGAACCGUUAGCCAGCUAACUAGCUUCUAGCUAACUGACUGCAAAUGACCGGACGAGCCGUUAGCCGGCUAAUUAGCUUUAAGCUAACUGAGUGCGUAACACCGGGCGAGGCGUUAGCCAACUAACUAGCUUAUAGCUAACUAGCUGCUAAUGACCGGCCGACCGGUCAACAGAUGUUAGCUCACCAACUAGCUGCUAAUGAACUAGCUGCUAACUAACUAGCCACCGGAGAAUAAUGUUGGCGACGUUGGGGAGAUUUAAAAGCUGUCGUUGGUUCUCUCCGGACAAACUCUCAGGCUACGGGCUGAUACAAGAGUUGAGUCGCAGUGGAUCUCCGGUGUCCGCGGCGAGGACACUCCGAGUCCCCGCCGGGGGCAGAGGUUUGUCCACCUCCCGCGUUCUCUGCGCCAAAGUCCGAGGACACCAGAAGAAGACGGAGCUGUCGGAGAAGAAGCUGACGCGUCACUUCGUGGACCAGCGGCGGGUGAAGCUGGUGGCCGGCUCGGGGGGCAGAGGUGCCUGCUGCUUUCACAGUGAGCCGCGGAAAGAGUGGGGCGGCCCGGACGGAGGGAACGGGGGCGACGGAGGCAGCAUCGUUAUCAAGGCCGACCGGUUUGUGAAGUCACUGGCGCAAGUGGUUCCGAUUUACAAGGGAGAGGACGGCCAAUCAGGUGGCAACAAGAACUGCUAUGGUCGUAACGGCAGCCCGACCUACAUUUGUGUUCCGUUGGGCACAGUGGUGAAGGAGCAGGGCAGCACCGUGGUGGACCUCGCCGAGCACGGCCAGGAGUAUCUGGCCGUAUUCGGAGGAGCCGGGGGGAAGGGGAAUCGGUUCUUCUUGUCCAACGAGAACCGCGCUCCGAUUACGGCGACCCCCGGCGUGCCGGGCGAGGAGAGGGUCCUGCAGCUGGAGCUGCGCACCAUGGCCCACGCUGGACUGGUGGGUUUUCCUAAUGCUGGGAAAUCGUCGUUGUUGAGAGCCAUCUCCAACGCCAGGCCGGCGGUGGCGUCCUACCCGUUCACAACUCUCAACCCUCACGUGGGAAUCGUCGAAUACAGAGAUCACGAGCAAGUCGCAGUUGCUGACAUCCCAGGCAUCAUCCGCGGGGCCCAUCUGAACCGAGGGCUGGGUAUCUCCUUCCUGCGUCACAUCGAGCGCUGCCGCUUCCUCCUCUUCGUUCUGGACCUGUCGGUCCCGGAGCCCUGGACUCAGCUCCAACACCUGCGCUAUGAACUGGACCAGUACGAGCCCGGUCUGUCGCAGCGGCCUCAGGCCAUCGUGGCCAACAAAGUGGACCUGCCCGAGGCACGGGAGAAGCUGGAGACCCUGAGGAGCCUCGUGGCGGAGCGGGUCAUCCCUGUGUCGGCUCUGACAGGACAGAACACGGAGGAGCUCAUCCUCCACCUCAGGGAGCUGUACGACGGACACCUGCGAGGAGGAGGCGGUGGGGAGGGCAAACCCACGAGGUGCCGGUGAAAAGUCAUGUAUAUACAGUAUACAUACUGCAAGAUUAUAGGAUAUAUUUAAAUUGUUUAAUAAAUAUAUACACAAGA